GAGUGAGAGAGAGACAGAGGAAAAGUUAGUCAAGAUGGCAAAUCUCACAGACCCGCAGUGAAGGGGCACCGCUCCCCGAAAAAGCCGAGCCUGACGCCUGUUUGUCCUGAGACAAACCCAACGAUGCUAACUGCUCUAGGAGCAGGCUUAAGAGGGAUUCCCUGAAGAAAAAUGCCAGUGAGGCUGAAGCUGAUGUGACACAGAGUGUGCUGGAAGAAGGCUGACUCAUCAAAUAUCACUCUGCUGGGACUUAGCAGCCAAGAAAAGCUCAUAUCAACUAAUGCCAAGCUAGAAGAGCACCCCACAUCCUCCCAACCCCUUAACAACAGAGAUUAUCAGACAGAAGAGCUGAAACCCCGCCAGAAGGAAUAUAUCCACAACCAGCUGUGGGUGAAACAAACUUCAAGACUGCUGACCCGCUGUCCCUGCCGCAAACAGAGCUAAGAAUGGCAUCACUGUGCUACAGCUGAGACCUUAACAACUGCUUGAUCCCCCCAGCCCUGCCUAUAGAAACAUCAACAAUCAGCUGAUAAGAACACCACCAUCGUCCUGUAAGAUUUACCCCAACCAUCUGUCUCUGAGUAGUUAUCCCCUCUUUUCUUCCUAGCCCGGCACCACAACAGUCAGUCUGCCUACUAUCCCACCUCACAGACCAUGAUGUUUCGUGAUCAGGUGGGCGUGCUAGCAAGCUGGUUCAAGGGAUGGAACGAAUGCGAACAGACGGUGGCUCUGCUGUCCUUGCUGAAGAGAGUGAGCCGGACCCAGGCCCGCUUCCUGCAGCUCUGUCUGGAGCACUCCCUCGCUGAGUGCACCGAACUGCAGGUCCUGGAAGGAGAGGCCAACAACCCAGGGGUGAUCAGCCAGUGGCAGAGUGAGUCCAAGGAGCGAGUAAUCUCUCUUGUUCUUACCCAUCUACCGCUUCUCAAACCUGGCAAUGUGGAAGCCAAGGGUGAGUACAUGCGCCUCCUUCCACGCAUCCUGGCCCACACCAUCGAGCAUGGCCAUCACCUGGAGGAGUCUCGCCAGCUUCUGUCCUACGCCCUCAUCCACCCUGCCACCUCCCUGGAAGACCGCGCCGCCCUGGCCCUCUGGCUAAAUCACCUGGAGGAGAGAGCCGCCGCCCGAGGAGACUCGCUGGAAAGGCCUCCUCCAUCAGGGCAGCACCAUCAGUCGACUCCUCCAUCCACCCUCAGCUCUUCAAGUUCCUCAUCGACUAACACCUCGUCUUCAGGUAACCUCUACUCGUUACACCACCAGCGAUAUGGCUCUGACGACCGUCUCAAUGGAUGGCAGAGCUCCAGGGAUUCAGGGCUGGGUGGAGGCUGGCAUCAGCAGCAACAGGGCUGUGAGAACGGGCACCUACUACUCUACCCAUCAUCGUCAGUGCCAGCAACCAUCAACACAGUAGGAACUGGUGGAGGCGGUAACACUAUCCUGACCAGUGGAGGUGGCAGCCAGCAGCACAGUCCUCUUAAGCGCUCUGUGUCCUUAACGCCUCCAAUGAGCGGCCCCAGCAACCAGCCUCUGGGCCACGUCUGGUUGUCCCAGGAGGAUCUAAGGACGGCUAGAGGCCCAGCUCCUGACCAUGCACCUCUCUCACCCCAGAGCAGCAUAGCUUCUUCGGGCAGUGGAGGCAGUGAGCACCUGGAGGAGGCUGGUUUAGGUUCAGGUCUGCAUCGCAGUACCUUCCAUGAGGAAGGCAGCGGCAUGAGGGAUGUUCCUGCAUGGCUGAAGAGUCUCCGUCUUCACAAGUACGCCGCUCUCUUCUCCACAAUGACCUACGAUGAGAUGAUGUCUCUCACUGAAGAGCAGCUAGAGGCACAGAAAGUCACCAAAGGAGCAAGACACAAGAUUGUUAUCAGCAUCAUGAAGCUCAAAGAAAGGCAGAAUCUGCUUCGCAGCCUAGAAAAGGAUGUGUUGGAAGGCAGUAAUCUACGCAUCCCGCUGCAGGAACUCCACCAGAUGAUCAUAACACCUAUCAAAGCUUUCAAUGGAGGAGAGGAGGCCACCCUGCAGCGCCCCCUUUUGAGUACUGAGGGUAAGAGUGCUGCGCCUGGCUCCCACCUGAGCAGCAGUAGUGGUGGUGGAGAGGCCGAGUCAGGCACAAGUGUCAUCGCAGAGGGGGAUCUACCCGGCCAGUUUACACGCGUCAUGGGCAAAGUCUGUACUCAGCUACUGGUGUCGAGGUCAGAUGAGGACAAUAUCAGCUCUUACCUACAGCUCAUCGACAAAUGCCUUAUCCAUGAGUCCUUCACUGAGACACAGAAGAAGAGGCUGUUGUCAUGGAAACAACAGGUCCAGAGGCUGUUCCGGUCCAUUCCAAGGAAAACCCUUCUCGACAUAGCAGGAUACCGACCACAGAGAAGCAGAUUUGGUCAGUCCAACUCUCUCCCCACCUCUGGCUGUGUCGGUGGAAGCGUGUCUGCCAGGAGGAGCCUUCGUCAGUUCCAGAUGCCCUCCAGGAGCUUGCCUGGUGCCAGGCUGGGCCUGCUGGGCAGUGGGGGGCUGCUGGGACCCACACCUCGCAGCUCCAGCAGCACUCCAACUGGCCCAAAGCAAGGGAGACAGGGUCUGUGGUUUGCCAACCCUGGAGGAAGUAACAGCAUGCCAAGUCGGACCCACAGCUCGGUACAGAGGACUCGCUCCCUGCCAGUUCACACCACGCCACAAACCAUGGGCAUGUUCCACCAAGCUGAUCUUCAGUUACCAGCGACAGAGCCAGAUAUCAACAACCGCCUUGAGUCUCUGUGCCUGAGUAUGACAGAGCACGCCUUGGGAGAUGGUGCAGACCGCACAUCAACAAUAUGAAACGAAGACCUGAGUGAGGGUGGUAGGACAGCGCAGGUUCACGAGGCUCUCUCAUGAUAAGUUAUCUGGAGGUUGCCAGCUCCUCCUGUCCCCUCUCCCUGUAGCCAAUGGCAGAGCUCAACCAAAGGAUCAGGGCUGGAAUCAAGAAACACAAAGGGAGCCAACCAUCACAUGGCUAACAAAGCUACCACAUCGGGACUGUCCACCGGGGUGUACCAACACUCUUCCUGCUCCGCCAGCAUGCUCACAGUCACCUGCGUCUGUGUGAGGAGAGAACAGCGUCAAACACGGCCUGGACAGUGUGUGAACAGCGCCGCCCUCCAAGGGUGGUCUUUAAGAAGCACUGCAGCCCGAUCAGAAAAGGGAGGCUGGCUCAUGGAUCAGGGCCCUGUGGGGCCAAGGCCCUCUCCCUCUUCACUUUCUGGUCCCCGCACAUCGAUUAAAAAUCUGUUACAGUACCUCAGACCUAGAAACAAGGAGCAGAGUUAGACCGACACAGAGGGAGAUUUGGGAUUUCCUUUUCAGCGAGGACUGAGUGACAUGGCCCAGAGAAGGGCUUCUGGCUCACUAUUGGGUGGGGAAAAAAUUAUUUUGUUUUGUAUGUAUUUAUUGUUUACAUAAUGAUGCUACUUUCAAAGGGUACAGAAACAUGGAUGAAUUUCAGGUAUGAAUCGUGUUAUAUUCUGUAAAGCCUCGGCUAUCUACCAGCUUUACGCCCCAUGAGUAGUCAUCAUGCUAGUUUACAGCAAACGUGCUUAUUCUUUAUUUUAGCAGCAGAUGACGACAAAGAUCCAUCUGCUCGAAAACAGGAGAAAGAGAGGAAGCAGAGAGAAGAGAGCAGGAGUUUGAGGAAGCAAAAGAGGAAGAAGCCGACGUAGGAGAAAGACACAGGAAGUAGUAGAAGAAAGACAGAAGUCGAAGUGAUAAAGGAAAGGGAAGCGGAUGUUUAAAGGAGAAAGACCUCAGAGGCAGGACCUUUGAUGGGCUGAGGAGGACAGAGGAAGAGGAUGUCAUGUCUAAUCGUACUGUAAGUCUGUUCAUGUGAGUAAGUGUAGGAGGAAGGGAAUUUGGCACCAGUCAGUUACAUAUUGUUUAUCCAUAGCAUGUACUGUAUGAACUCUUUGUAUUCACAGCCUUCGUAGGCACAGAGUAGGUUUUUAUGUGAGAUACAUACAACUGUAUCAUCAGUGGGAUUUGUCUGCAUGUUCAGAUGUUGGGUUUAGUUAUUUUUUUUAAAUGCAGGGUGAUGUGCUUUAGCUGCAUGUUACAACUAAAGUGUCUUUUCUUGUGGAAAAGAAAGAUAGUGAAAUGAUUGGCUGUAGACUAAAUAGGAGGAUGAUCUUGUUUUCGCUCAGAAUCUGCUGCUGAGAGGAUUGCAACCAUAGAUAUAUACAUGCAGGGCCUGCCUAGGCUGCUACACUUCACAUACCACAUAGAUGUGUCCACCAGGUAUAGGCAGGGCUCAAAAUCAAAGUAAGACUGUGACGGCGGGACAUUUAUCCAGGAUUUAAAUACUCACAGGUCUCUAAAAUAUGAAUCCAUUUUUCAGUUCAUUUGAUUUGUCACAAAUGUCACGCAUUAUCCAGGAUAUUUCCAUUAACCCAGUUCCUGCACCCCUUACUGCCCUGAUUCUCAAAUGGUGGGUCGACACCCAAGAGUGGGUCAGGAAGCCAUUUUCAGGGGGUCUCAGAUGUCUGCCUGGAAAGAAAUAUUCAGUAAGAAGUCUAUUAUGUACUUUUAUUUUGAUCACUCUGUUCUAUCACAUUUUUUGCUCCAUUUCAAUUUCAAGAUGACCAAUUUUUCAUUACAAAUGUUUAUCAUACUAAAAUGCCUCUUGUAGGGUUUAAAGAUGUUUUCAUUCUCUGUAAAGAUCAGUAGAGGUAUUUAUAAAAUAGAGAGCAUUUGAUUAGGCAACUAUAAACACUAAUUUAAACGUGCAAAAGUGUUUCACGUUCACUUGAGAGAAUGCAGACAUCCUAGUUUUUAGUCUGGCUCCCCUGGUCUUAGAGGAUUAUGUCUUAAAUUGAUAACAGCACAGCACUUUUUCUUUAUUUUUCUAUGUGAAUUUUUUUCCUGUUACUUGGGGAUUGUUAUCUCAUUAACUAGCUCUAAUUAGUUUCUACUUAAAUUAAUGCAUUGGGCCUCUGUACAUUUAAAAUAUUCUAUCCAAUAGCUUAUUAUAUUGGCCUUUAGCAUUUAAUCUUACUGUGUGUUAUAGAGCAGGGCUCAACUUUCCAGCCUGUCACUCCCAAAAUAACAAUUCCAAAGACUAUGGGUCUCUACUGUAUAUGGAGGUGCUUAAAGCAUGCAAAAUAUGGAGAGUAUUAUGUGCAAAUUUACAUUUAAGGAUUUUUUUUCCCUUUCAGCUAUUGCUGGUAAUUGAUUACAAAAACAGUCAAGUUAAUCUCAUAGAUAUGCUGGGAUUAAUCAUGAUUAAUCAUACAUUCAAACACUCCUAUUGCAUAUUGGUUUGAGAUAAAACAAGUAUAGUUACUAUAGUUUUUAAGCUUUAUUUAACAUCUCGGCUUUGGUGUAAUGGCUGGUUAGCAGUAAUGGUCAGCAGACAAACACAUCAAGUACAAAAUAACCUCUGCUGCAAAGUGAAUGUAAACCUCUUGCCGUUUUGCCUUGAAGCCCUGCAUCUACAGCGAUGUUGAUGGUCUGCAGUCUUUGUAGACCCAUUUAGCGAUUACAUUAGUUAGCUUAGUUGUUGUUUUGUUUAAACAGGUCCUCUGCCCUCCACAGAUGUAGCUUGACGACCACAGCUUGAUCCUGUGUUGAUGUUAGCAUCUUUGCUAACACACAGCUUUGGUUUAUCGAAACUUCCAUUCGGCAGCUUCUUAAAUAAAUUAAAAUUUUGCCAUUAAACAGGCCUGGGUCUUUCUUCCUGUGGUCCUCCAGGCAUACAAACAUCUGCACCGAAGGACCACAGGAAGAAGUUGUUGUUGAAGUUGGUCAUCUGAUUAGUUUGCAUUAUUGUUUUUUUUAUGCGUUAAGGUUUCCAGAUUAAUCAUGAGCAUUAAUGUUAAUGCUUUACCAAAAUCUCACUCAGAGACCCCAAUUUUAUUUUAAUUUUAACUUGUAUUUUUUACUAAGAUUGGUUAAACAUGCCGCCUAAAAUCUUUUUUAAAUGUUCUAUUAUUUUUUAAAAGCAUUCCAUGACUCCAGUGGGUCUCGACCCCCACUUUGGGAAUUGCUGCUACACAGAUUUACUGUCAACUUAUAUAACAUAGAGCAUUUUGGUAUCAAAGCAUGCGUUUCUUUUGACCCGACAGCCAAAAAGAGACGGGAAAUAUGGGGAGUGAGCGGGGGAAGACAUGCAUCAAACUGCUCCAGGACAGGGAAUCGAUCCCACAAGCAAGAAAGAAAUCAAGCAUCCUGGAUCAUAAAAACUUGUCUGAUAAAACAAGUGGCUUGAAAAUUGAUUCAGCAAGUCAUCAUUAUUUUAAUCGUUGGUUGUCCUCUGCUGUCUUAGUCUUGCAUUCAUUCUGAGCCACAGCUACAUUUUUUAAAAGGUCACCCACUCAGAUUUAUGUCAGAUGCCGGAAAACAGCAUCUACAUGUGUAAAUCCAUGUCUGCAACAUUUAAGAAAUCACACUCUGUCAAUCCAUGAAGGGUAGUUUUCCCAGAGAUUGUCUUGUUAGUGCUUACCUCCACCUGCUGGCCAAACACAGUCAUGAUAGCAGAAGGCCAUGAACACGCAUGCACUCUGCACAACAUCUGGAAAUCUCUUAUGAGUCGCAUUUAUAUAAAAGAGAUCAUCAGUGUUACAUUUUCCUCUGUCUGUGCUGUCUGUUCAGGCCUUCAUGGGAUAUAUUUACUUGUUUAUAAUUAGUCUCAUGGUUAUACUGUGUCUUAAUAUUUAUCCUCCAUUUGUCUAAGCUGGUUAGAGAAAUGUUUAUGGAGAGUCGUGACCGUAACUGGUCAUCAAUGAGGGUUAUCGAUUAUUUUUGUUUAGUUUCGUUAUUAUUUUGUUGCAAUUCAGUAGUACUUUCUUUGUAUUCUGCACUUGAUAUAAUGUGAGACACUAAAAUCCAAAUGUUAAAGGCUUAAAGCUACAUGUUAGUGCUUUGGAGUCACAUCAAAUGUAGCAGGUUGACAGUAGAGCUCAAGUCUCUGUAGGCCAAUGAAAGUUGAUUUAGAUCAUCAACAGGCAACAGAGGAAAAACUCCUGAAGUCUCAUUAACACUGAAUCAAUUCUGUUUGUGUAGUAAUGGAUGCCAUAACACGCAUUUAAAGGACUACACCUGUGUUUCUGCAUGUUUUAGUCUGUUUAUUACAGUUAAAAAAAAUACAGCAACAUUUCUUUUUCCUAUUCCUAAAGGUUAACACACAUUUCUAGCAUUUUCUAUUUUUAAGACUUACUUGCAUAGACAUGUGGACACUUCACUGCAGUAAACAGGAAAUGUCUCAGCAUUUUAGAUUAAAAAACGUACAUAUAUCUGCACCUUAAAGUUAGCUAAUGAACUAGACAAAAAAAGCAGGCAUGUUGGUGUGGAUGAACCGUCAUCCCAACUGAAUUUAAGGCUUUGGGGGUGCACCAUGUAGCAAGGCUAUAGUGUAAUCCUUGUCUGUUGAGCCUUAAGUCCAUGCAUUAUAGAUCUUUAGUUCAUGGAAGUGUCUGGAAUCAUAAUGUAAUGUUCAUAUUGCCACAGAAUUGAGAUGUGCAGUUAUAGUAGCAAAUACUAUAAGCAUCACAUUUCCAGUUUGUUAUCACAUAGUUUUCCAUGAUAAAAUUAACAAGAUGAAUCUCUAAAACACUCUUUUAAUACAAUAAAAAUGGCUGUUUUUGAUGGAAAGGUUGUGUAGAUCUUAAAAUACCCUGUUGUGUUUGUCACUCCACAAACACCUGCUAAAAUGAAAAAAAAGUUAUUCUUGCUAGGGCUGUCAAAAAGAUUGAUUGCCAUUUAUUAAGGUCCAUAUUAAGAACGUUAAUUUUUGGAAAAUCAUGUUUAAUCAUGUGAUUUAUUGUCCCUUUCAGCACACAUUGGAUAAUCCACCUUGGCACCUGCAGCCACAGUGAUAUAAAAUAAGUUCACCACUGCUCCUUAAUGUCUCAUGUCACUUAAAAAUUCGUUGACAGAUUAAAAGACAUCUGAACCUUGAGUUAUCAAGAAUUUACCUUUUAACUGUUCACUUAUUUCAUUAACGAUCUCACAGCAGUGAGAAUCAGAGUCAGCUUUAUUGACUAAGUAUACUCUGCAACAAGGAAUUUGACUCCAGUUAACUUUGCUCUUGAUGCACAGAAUUUAAACACUAAAUAUGAAAAUAACUAAAGCUGAAAAAGUAUAGAAAUUAAGAUUUGAAUAUGUUAAAGCUCUUGUAGGUAUUUUUAACUGAAGUUUUGUUUAACCCACUUAUUUAAAGAAAGCCUGUCUAUGUUGAGCUGGCUUUGUGGUACAUUCCCCAUCUCAGCCUCUUUUGAAGGAAGCUAAAGUUUUCUACAUGUUGAAGUAAUUUAAUGUAGAGAUAUACAACACUCAGCAAGCAGUGAUGAAUUUAGUGUUUGAGCUGUAUUAAAGGGACUGAAACAUGCAGAAACUGAUUCUUAUUCUCUUAUUCUGCAGUCUUGAUUGGUAAAAGUGGCUUUACAUGCAGAGACCGAUGCAGCAAACACACACAUGCUCUAACAGUGUGUUAAUGUAAUUUCAGACAGGGUUAACAUCACUGAACACUCCUUAUAUUAUUAUUUCACUGUGCCGAGCAUUUGUAAGUUUUCUGCUCUGAUUCUCUGAGAGCCAAUCAGACAUCAUCUCUGUGUUUGUGAACAAAGACUCCACCAAAGCACUAAAGUGACAUCGACCGUAUAAAUCCUGAAGCAGGAUUAAGACGUUUUUCUCUGAAGCUCUUUGAUGAAGCAGCUUGAGGAUGUCGGCGUUAAAAUGAGACUGUUUCAGUGUCACUGCCAUGAAUCAGUACUUAGUUUAGAUACUUUAUUUAUUCUUUUUUGCAGAGGUGAUACUUUGACUCAUUUAGUUGUAUUAUUAUUUAAAGUACCGUAUGUAUUAACAUGUUAUGGCUGGUGACCAUACGUACAUCUCAAAUAUUAACAGUUCUUGUCGACUUUGUUUUUUUGUUUCUUUGGUUUUGUUGUUGCUGUUGUCGAUCUAUAACCUUUGUAUCAGUGUCAUGUUGAGAUUUUUCAUAUGAAGCUUCGCGGUCGGAGCGUAGCUGAGAGCGGCAGUUGAUCCGUCACAGAUCCAAUUAUUUCAGUUCCUUUUUGGAGAUGUUUGCAAACAAAACAGCAGUGUUGUUGUUUUAGACUGCAGCAUGCCAGGAAGUAGACAGAUCUGUUGUGAUCUGUUGUCCUAACUUGGUGCUGUGGUCAUUUUACCAGUUCAGUCUAAACCUGAGGAGAUCUGAUACUGUAGGUUUGCUGUCCUAUGGGGUUUUCUUAAUGUCAACAUAUCCCAUGAAAAUACAGAAUAAUUCAUGUAAUUUAUGUUUUCAUGUCUUGCCUUUUACCCUUUCUGAGGUGCUGACUUUUGGCCUACGUCUACAUAAAUACUGUAAGAAAUGCUCAGCAGUGUCUUAAACCCGACAGGCACUGUAGGUUUUAGAAACAUAUUUUAACCAUGAAAAAUGCUGCAUUUGUAGGGAAUAUUUUACUGGUUUAUAGACAAUUUAGGGGAAGAACCCAUAAGCAAAUGUGCUACCAUUACUGUGGUGGUAUCUCACGAUAACAUUCUGGCAGUGAUUGAAGCUGGCAAAAGAACUGAAAAUGUUUCUUCUUUUAGCAUGACUUUGUAACUUAGUUCUGGACAACAGUGUAGAGGAUGUCAGCAAAACGUGCAGUUCUGCACUGCUCCAACAGUUGAGACAAACCCGGCUAUUUCUCUCUUUAUCAGAGUAUUUCAGUAAAAACAGUCAUGCUGCAUUGGAUAGUCUCCACACAUCACAUCCAGAAAGAUCCACAGGUUGAUUUAAAUCUGGAGGUAUAGGUUUUAAUAAUCAUGUUUCAAAUGUUCAUUCAGAAAAUUGAUAAAGAACCAAUGCCAGUAAUUGUGAUUGACAGACUAGCAGACACAGGCCCAGCCCAGUUAUCCUCACAAUUUCACAGCCAGAUCAGCUGUAAGAUUUGUCUACUUUUUACAUACAGUGUUACAGUGGUUAGCAUUCCCUGCUGGAGUGCUUUGACUUAUUUAAAUUAGAUUAUGUGCAUGUUUAAGGUCAUAAAGGGUUGACAUUUCCUUUUUUUUCAUGGGAUUUGGUAACACAAAGAAAAUUAAUAUCAGUGGAUUUAUUCUUGUUGGCUAUCAGCAGUUAAACAAAUGAAACCUGCAGUCAGUGAUGAAUUCAAAGGGAUUAAUAAAACUGUAAUAUAUCUUCAGUAUUUCAAUGAACUUCUAUACCACAGUGCCAUGCUUGAGUUCUGAAAGUGUUCUGGAAAUGCAUCUGUGCCACAUUUUAUACCAAGACUGACUGACAGUGUUUAAUAACAUGAGUUAAUGUGAUUUUUUAGAGUAAAGGUUCAUGUUUUCAUAUUUCAACAGCCGGCAGUUUGUACUGAGCUGUUUUCUCUGGGUCAAAGAGACGAACAUAAAACACACCUGUGACGGGACUUUCAGCUCCGAGGUCUGGCUCUACUCUUCUCUUCAAACCAAAUGCUUUAUUUUUAUUUUUUUUCUGAAUGCAUAUCAGCUGUGUGCGUGUUCAGGAGUGCUUCUAAUGCCGUGCACACUGCAGUAUUAACAGUUAGAUAACGCCUUGAUAUUCCAAAAAAACAUUUAAUGUACUUUAAGUUGAGACAUAUACGCUGUUUUAUAUCUUUUAUUUUUGUCAUAGGCUCUGCAGUUUAGUCCGUUUAUGUCAUUAUGGGAUGCCAAGACUUUUUGUUUGUUUUUGUAAAUUCAGCAGCAUCCAUUUUGUAACAAAAGUGUUACCGCUUGACUGUGCUCCGUUUAUUUCAUUUAGUUUUAUUUUAUCAAAGAGCCGAUGUCCUGUAUUGACUGCAGGCUUACGUAUAUAUUUGACAAAAGAACAUUGUAUGUUUAAUAAUAAAAAAAGCACAAAAAAGACAAAAAAUUGAAGAAAAGGCAGAAAAAACGUUAAGGAGAAUGAUGGGAAAAAUGUAAUUUAUAUUUUAAAACUGCAUGCACAAGGCUGGGAGAGUCGUAUUUAGAAUAACAAAUGGCAGUGCCUUUUUUUUGUACUCGAGACGUUUCACCCAAAACAUAAAAUGGUUUUAUAUGAAUUUAAAAACUGUCAUGAUACAGGAGGAAACUAGAGACGGCUGUGUGCAGUCGCGUUCAUACUGCAGCAAAAAGCAUCCCAAUCCAGAUUGAUUUCCUUAUAUUUAAUCAUCAAUCUAUUUUUAGUUCAUUUUGAUUAAAAGAAUAUUGCUGUGAUUUAUGUGAUUGGUGGCCUAAGGUUUUCUUUUUCUUGUUUUUUUUAACAAAGCUGAUCACUGUGAGGGUAAUUUUAAGAUUGCUGAUUUACAUUUACUGAAAGAGACCAAAAAUCACUUCUGCAUAUUUUUGAACUGAAUGCUGUUAUACAAUAUAGUUUGGAUAGUUUUCUGUUUAGAAAUAACAAAUAAUUGUCAUAAUGCCAGAAUUAUGAACAUUGAUAUGAUUCUAGUAAAAAUCAAACCAUAAGGAAGCCUGUUUGAUACCAUUAGGAGCAACUCGCUGUGCUUAGGACGCUUUAUAAAUAUGACCGCUAGAAACCUGAUCUUAUGAAACUAACAGAGUUUAAGAGUUAAUAAACAUUUUGACAACCCCAACACCAGAAAUGUAAUCAAUGUUUUUGUACAAUUUAGACUGGGGUUGUCCAAACUAUAGUUCAGGGGCCAAAUUUGGCUCCACGUGGAGACUUGAUUUUUGGUCCACAUUGCCAGACCUGUGUAUUUUAUUUCUAUGUCAAGGAAAAGCUCAUUCUGACACCGGAGGAGCUUUAAACAUCAAACUUAAUUUUAAAGUUGUAAUGUUGAGGACCUCCUCCCCAUGGUCUAAUGAGUGUAUUUUUUAGCUGCAAUAGUGAGUAGAAAUUAUUUCAAAAGACAGGACUUUUGCAACCUGAGGGCUGAGUUAAAGUACACUUCUAAAAACAAUUUACAAGUCUUUAAAGUCUAUUACUAACAAAGAUGAAGAUUUAAACUAAAGCGUGAAUCUGGAUUGGUGAUGGUGGCUGCAGUGUGAACAUGGCUGCUGGCUGUGAACUCUGUCGUGUCUGUACUCUGUAGGUACUUCUUCUUAUUGCUGAUAUGAAGUUCUGAGUUUUUGUGGUCUGUAUAAAACAGUGUGAAUGAGUGAGUGAUAGUGUUGAUGAUGAUGAGUGAGUGUUUGAGUACAUUCAAGUGUUUUUUUUUUCUUGUUUUUUUUUUCAAAGUGUCUUGCUGUAAUUUUGUUGCGACGUACCAGAAUUGUGUGACUUGGCAUGCCCCCGUUAUACAUAAAAAAAAAGU